AACCUUGAUUUCUAUUAGUAUUGAGAAGAUUCCGUUAGUUUGGGUAAAAACGUGUUUCAUUACUUAUGAUUCAUUCAGUUUGCUUGUUGUGAAGCCGAGUUCAAUUUUGAAUGAAGCUUUCACUUCAUGGACGUUUCAUUUUUCGGCCUCAUUAAGGUCAGUACUACUUGCUCUGACAAAACAAUCAUCGGUAAUUUAACUUUGGAGAACUUUGAAGAUAGAUAAACUUUCUUUUUCUUUUAAAGUGAACAACAUGUAACUGAUCCCAUUACGACACUGUUUGAGUGAGGCAAGAAUAUUCAUGAUCACAACUAAGUAGUUGCGCACACUUUUUGAGGGAAAUGUCAAGAACUGUUUUCCACUCGUGGCCUUUUUAUUAGUACACAGUAGUUUGAACAAUGAAGUCUCGCCUGAAAACGACGUUGCUCACUAUAAAACAGUCACUUUCGGUUCACAUAUGUCAAGGGAUCAAAAAUCAGUCUUACGAAGAAGACUUCAGGCAGUGACCAAUAUAAACAAUCACAAAAGACAAAUAAAGCACUUACACGAUUGCGGAUUAAAAGAGUCCAGAAACAGGCGUGAACACAGUUUUUUCAUCAAGUUUGGCGAUAAAUAGGUGCAUGUUAUAGAUCUUUUUGUCGAACCAGCUCUUAUUAAAAAGCGUUUAAAAGUAAAGGCUUGUUAGUAAUGAGAAUUCAACGCAAGUCCGCUCCUACACGGAAAAACCACUGAGCCGAGGUACCGAUAUGCUGGACAUCCUUUCACGUCCUCAUUUCACGACCGGUAGCUUCAGCAGGAUGACCAAGCAUAUCAGUUUCACCAGAGACUCCUUCUGAACUACAACUUGGUUAUUGAUAACACUUGUUAUGAAGCUCAAUAAUUUUAUAGAAUUUAGAAUUAAUGUUCGUGAUGGCCAAUUGUUUAUCAUUUUGACGCCACGACGUUAGUCAUAUGACUUCAAGUUGUCUAUAUUAGUUUAUCAUGAUCAAGAGUACUUAAACUCCGAACAAAACCCCAUCGAUGGUAAAAGGGACAGUGGCAGAACAAUCCUGAAUCGUCAGAGCACUUUUAUCUCCCACGUACGGCCAUUAUAGCAACGUAUUUUAUACUAACUCAAACUAUGAAUAACUCCACUGAGGGUCCGUUGAAUUCUUCAUCUGCCGUUUGCUCAGAAACGGUGUCCGCAAUGUUCACAAUGAGUCUGUCUGUGAUAAGUGCAGCAGCAUUUAUCGGAAAUAUCUUGGUGGCUAUAACCUUUAUCAAGACCCCAAGCCUCAGACUGACAAGUACCAACUACUUCAUUGUCAACAUGGCACUGUCGGAUCUUCUUGGCCCGUUCUUCAAUUGGCCGCUUUAUGCCAGCGAAGGGAUGCUAACAACUAACAUCCUCAUCAACGAGCCUUCAGCCAGCUUUGUUUGUAAAAUAGCAAUGUAUCUCCGCACAGUGUCACAGACAGUUUCUGUCUUGAGCCUUGUGCUAAUUGCUUUGGAUAGAUUUAUCGCCAUUGUUUUUCCGAUGAAAAUAACUGUGUUAAAUGGGAAAAGUCGGGUGAUUUUAAUGUCGUUAUCUUGGAUAAUACCCAUACUUUUUGCCAUACCUUUCAUUCUGUUUGCCGGAAUAAUUCAAAUUGGCCAGCAUACAUUUUGCAGAUUCAUGAUGGAUGAAGGAGCUUUAACAAUUUUUAAUGGCGUGGGUUUCUUCUUACUUUACCUGGUCCCUCUUAUCUUGAUAAUAACUUUAUACUCUGUGAUUACGAGAGCUCUGAAGAAGAGACCGAGGCCAGGGUACUUGAUAAAAGGUCAUCAAAGCGAAAAAAGACGAAAACAGCAUCAGAAGAUUCUGAAAAUCUUAGUAGCCAUCGUGUUGGCAUUUUUUGUUUGCUGGACUCCCCUUUGUGUCUAUUUGUUUCUUAAAAAAUUUUACCCAACACUGUUUGUGAAGGAUACAUGCCUGUUACUUGUAGGCUUCACUUUUUACAUAUGUCCUUCUCUAAGUACAGCAAUUAACCCAGUUAUUCUAUUCGUGUUCAGUACAAACUAUAAUCAAGCCUUGAAAACUUUGUGUUUACCGAUUUCGUCGCAGUUUAAAUGUGGUUCUAAAACUCAGGGAACAGAAGGAAUAACGGCAACACAAGAGUUAAAUCUUGAAAUGACGGACACUAAGUGUUUAGAUUGAAUUAGAUUUAGCCACAGGUGUUUAGAGACCGCAAGAAAGAAAAAGAUAUGAGUGUUUUAAAGUGAUAACUAAAUAAUUUGUUUUUGCGUGCAAGCCUCUAAAACUCUGGAGAGAGGAUAAUUUAGUGCCUCGAACUAUGAUUUUGACUGGAUUUUGUUAUUUUCAUUUCUCUUCGGAAAUAAGGAGAAAAAUAACCAAGAAAACUAUCUGGUGACUUUUGUUAUACCCCAGGCCACCCCAGGCUAUUGAACAGUAAGAUACGAACCCUUUUCUGUCCACUCCACGUAAUGAACGUAAUGUACAAUAUUUUAAUAUGGAGAGCGUGUUCAAGUAUUACUCAUGACAAUAGAGAAUAAAGGCUAAAAGAGUUAAUGUCAGUAUUACAAUAAUCACUACCUUAAUGUAAUUUACAAUAAUGUUCCAUAAUGGAGAAAUCAGCGAUACAUUACACACUACACAGUAGGUAGAUAUUUGCCAGAAAUAAAUAGCUAGGUAUAUAUUACAACGUCAAGAAAUCUUCAAAGUUUUGCCAAAAUUACAUUCCAUCUUUUCCUUAAAGUUACUAUAUAUUUCUCGGUUUCUAACUUAAUUGUAGGUUUAUACAGAGACAUAUAUAGCGAAAUCAGCAUGGGUACACGCUUUUCUAUAUUCCCAAAUAACAAUUUCGCUAGAAUUGUAAGAUUAUCACACUUUUAAUUUCCUUAACGAGGGCAAAUCACCAAGAGGUAAAACCUUUCCCAAAGCAUUUGCACAUAGCUGUUCUCGGCGAAAGCUGGAAUUGUUCAUUUUAAGGAUAGCUCUAACUCAUCAAACUUGAUGCGAAUUCUGCUUUGCUAUACGCGGUAAGCAUGAUCGAGGAUUGGCAAUAGACCAAAAUGACCCUCGCACUAGGUGUGACAUACUUAUUUAAGGACUAUGGCUAAGACUUUUGCCACGACAAGUUGAAUAUAUUGUCUUCGAAAAGCCCCCAUGGGGAAAGAUAAUAAAGGAUGUAUGUAUGUAUGUAAUUUUGUCCAGAACAAGCUAAUUUUUUAAAAUGUAGAUACUUUGUUAUAUAUAUAUUUUUUUCAAUUUUACUGUAAGUUGGUCAAGGCUUGUAGAGCAGCCUGUUGCGAGCUUCUUAAGGGCAUUAAAUGCCUUACUUUGAGUGACGUAAAAAUCUUACAACACUUUAUCCUUACUGGUUUUGAAUGUCUGGUAAAUGGUCAAUAAACCAAUAAUUACCCUUUUGUGGAAA